AUGCCGGGGAAAGAAAGGGAGGAGUGUUUACCUGCCAGCAAUGCCGGGUAUGAUCGUGGCAUUCAAAAAAACGCUUCGCGUGCAACUUGUACUGGCAUGAAACACACUUACAUAAAGUUUUUUAAGAAACAACUUUUUAAGCGUAUCUUGGCACAACCUGUGGCAUCGUGAGCUAGGCGAUUUUAAAACCUGAUUCAACAUUUUUCUAGUGAUGAGGCACGCUUUUCCAUUCCGCGGUGCAAGAGACACGUGGGAGCGACGCCUUUGAUGUGUACUAUUUCGCUGAAGUAAAAGAAAGCUUGUAGCGCCUUUCAUCUAAAAUAUCGUCGGACUAUGACAAUGGUCAAUGGAGGCAAAUAACGACUUUGAUGAAAGUGCAACAAGUUUUACAUUGCAAGAAAUCUUCGGGAUGGAUCUCGCGUAGAACGCGAUGCUGCAGGUGAAACAAGAAACAUUUCCGACCAGUUUGACUGCGUCGUUGGUGUGCGGUUUGUUGGUCCUCAAUAAAGAAAGGAAAAAACAAGAGAG